GACUGCUGGAGGCCUUCAUCUGAUUUGCAGCGGAUUGCUGACUGAAGCGGUGUUGAGCGGAGCCCAGUGAGUGCUGGAGGCCCCGGUGUACAGGAGACAGCCUGCAGCCGAGCUCAUACAAUGACAUCCAGGAGAUGGUUCCACCCCAAUAUCACAGGUGUGGAGGCAGAGAAUCUUCUGCUGACCCGUGGCGUGGAUGGUAGCUUUUUGGCUCGGCCCAGUAAGAGUAACCCUGGUGAUUUCACACUCUCUGUGAGGAGGAAUGGAGCAGUGACGCACAUUAAGAUCCAGAACACCGGUGAUUACUAUGAUUUGUAUGGAGGGGAAAAAUUUGCCACUCUCGCUGAGUUGGUUCAGUAUUACAUGGAACACCAUGGACAACUGAAGGAAAAAAAUGGGGAUGUUAUUGAGCUGAAAUAUCCUCUAAACUGUGCUGAUCCCACGUCAGAGAGGUGGUUUCACGGUCAUCUCUCAGGGAAGGAGGCCGAAAAGUUGCUAACUGAGAAGGGCAAGCAUGGAAGCUUUCUGGUGCGUGAAAGCCAGAGUCACCCUGGAGAUUUUGUCUUGUCUGUUCGCACAGGUGAUGACAAAGGAGAGAACAAUGACGGCAAGUCUAAGGUGACACAUGUCAUGAUACGGUGCCAGGAUCUCAAAUAUGAUGUCGGUGGUGGAGAGAAAUUUGAUUCUUUGACAGAUCUGGUGGAACAUUAUAAGAAGAACCCAAUGGUUGAAACACUUGGAACAGUUCUGCAACUCAAACAGCCUUUGAAUACAACACGUAUAAAUGCAGCAGAAAUUGAGAGUCGAGUGAAGGAGCUAAGUAAACCUGCUGAAACUGCGGAUAAAUUCAAGCAGGGCUUUUGGGAAGAGUUUGAGACUUUGCAGCAGCAGGAAUGCAAACUGCUAUACAGUCGUAAAGAGGGGCAAAGGCCUGAAAACAAGAAUAAAAACCGCUAUAAGAAUAUCUUACCUUUCGACCACACAAGAGUUAUCCUUCAUGAUGGGGACCCUAAUGAACAGGUUUCGGAUUACAUCAAUGCCAAUACCAUAAUGCCUGAAUUUGAAACAAAAUGCAACAAUUCAAAACCCAAGAAGCGUUAUAUUGCUACUCAGGGCUGCCUCCAAAAUACGGUGAAUGAUUUCUGGAGAAUGGUUUUUCAAGAAAACUCCAGAGUUAUUGUCAUGACCACUAAGGAGGUAGAACGAGGCAAGAGUAAAUGUGUGAAGUAUUGGCCCGAGGAGCAUGCACUUAAGGAGUAUGGAGUCAUGCGGGUGAGAAAUGUCAAAGAAACACCAGCACAUGACUACAUAUUAAGAGAGCUGAAACUUUCAAAAGUAGGGCAAGGUAACACUGAAAGAACUGUAUGGCAAUACCAUUUCAAAACCUGGCCAGAUCACGGAGUACCUACAGAUCCUGGGGGUGUCCUGGACUUUUUAGAAGAAGUUCAUCACAAGCAGGAUAGUAUACCUGAACCAGGGCCUGUAGUAGUGCAUUGCAGUGCAGGAAUAGGACGUACAGGCACUUUUAUUGUGAUUGAUAUUCUCAUCGAUGUCAUCCGAGAGAAAGGUGUUGAUUGUGAUAUUGAUGUACCCAAAACUAUUCAGAUGGUAAGAUCCCAGAGAUCAGGAAUGGUUCAGACAGAAGCACAAUACAGGUUUAUAUACAUGGCUGUACAGCAUUACAUAGAAACUUUACAACGCAGAAUCGAAGAGGAGCAGAAAAGUAAGAGAAAAGGACACGAGUACACAAAUAUAAAAUACUCCCUCUCAGAGCAGACAGCGGGGGAUCAGAGCCCACUACCACCCUGUACCCCUACACCAUUACCAACGCCUACACUUCCAGACAUGCGAGAAGAUGCUGGUAGAGUCUAUGAAAAUGUCGGUCUUAUGCAACAGCAAAAAAGCUUCAGAUGAAGUGGAACGCCGCGCCUCCACCACAGACUGGUAAUAAUCUAAUUUUGAGAAACUGCAAACGAAUGUGAAGAAGGAUGGGGACAUGUAAGACCUGGCUUUGCCCACUUACACAAUUGGUCUGAAAUGUCUGCACAGUCAAAAUCUCUUAACUGUUCAAGAACUUUUGGAAAACCGUAGUCCUCUCUGUAUCACAAAAGUUUCGAACUGGUUCACUCUUCUCAAUGAAGCAUCUUUAUCUCGGCAAGUUUGGCUUGUAGAGCUCAUCAAAAAGACUGUCUUGAAGCUGUCCCGUUCUUUCCUCUCCUUAGAGUGCCUCCAGGGUGCUCUUUAUUCAUUGGCAACGUGAAGUAAUAAGGUGAAUGCUUACAUUAGAGUGGGAACAAUUUCUCUCCGCAGUACAGACUGUGACCAUUGUCAUUAGCCAUUUACAUUUUCUGCUUUGUCUCCAUAACUGUGUAGUCAUUCAUAUAGAUCCCAAGCUAAUGUGGAUAUGCUUUAAAUGUGAAUAUCUGCACUCACACAGUAUAAUGGUGCUUUCCUUUUAUGUCCCGACUUAGGAAAGACUUUCUUAGAAGGUCAGGGAGCCCGACAGGAGUAUUUUAUGGACAAAAUGUUUAUGCCUAGUGCCAAUUGUAACGUAGUCAUUAUAAUGAAACUGAUGCUCAUUCUAUAUAUACUGAUCUUAGCACAGGUAUGCCAGGUGUAGAGAUACAGUGAAAGCAUUGACAUGCACUUUACAAAUGGUUAAAUGUCAAACCUGUCCUGCAUUUUGGACUGCUAGACAGUCAAGCCCAUUUAUCUCACGUCUGAUUGACUAACCAGUGGGAAGGAAGGCCUUACCUUACCCACUACUUAAAUCAGCAUUUUUCUGGAAAUUGACUUGUGCAAAAGCAGUAUUUUCAGUAGUAAGGGCCGCUCCUCAUAAAGCAUCUGUUAUGCACCUUUCCCUUAGCAGGUCCUUCAUUAACCAUUUUCUUAAAGUGGUUGUUCACCCCUGGGGGCCUUUCGGGCAGCCCCACAAUGUGACUGGACAUGUGGGGGGAAUCAUACUUGCUUCCUGACACUGGGUUCCGACUCUUUUGCUCCUUCCACACUGUUGCAGCUCUUUGGUCUCCCCUUUUCGACGUCCUGUUUGAUGAGGGUUAAGUGGCUGCUGCAGUGGUGACGUGUCCCCCCAAGCGUCAGGUUAUUGGGUCUCCGCCACACUGGCUAUGUGACCCGCCUCAAACAGGAGGGAGCAAAGGAGCUGGAAUCCAGUGGCAGGGAUCAGGUAAUUAUUAUUCCCCCCCCCACAGGACUGCCCAUCCUAAGGGGUCUGCCCGAAAAGCCCCCAGGGGUGUACAAACCCUUUAAAGUGCCUUUACAGUCACAGUCUAUCUUCAGUCAGAAAGUAUUUAAGUGAGGCCCUUCAUACUGUGGCCCCACGUGAUGGAUAUUGCACUCUUGCAAAUAUAUUUUUUUUCUAUAGGUGCUUCAUUGUGCUCUUGUUUUUUUUUUUAAGGUGUUUGCCAAAGGUGCCUGCUUUUGCUUAAUCCGUUUUUGACAGCCCAACCCUCUCAUUGGUGUAAGAUCACAGAUUUCUGGUAUGUCUAUCAGUCCCUUUUGGCAAACUCCUCUAAAAAUAAGAACCUCCUCAACUAACCUAUUCAUAGAGUGCUGUCUCUUUGUCAGCCAUUGCUGCUUGUUUUGCCAUUUUGCCUUUUUUUCUAUGCUCUUUAGAUGAAGCGUGCCGGCAACACACUGGAUCUGAGCCCAGUAGUCUACAUGUCCUGCCCAAGCUCAUUUUCAGUAGCUGUUUUGCCAAUGCCAAGCAAAGGGUCUUACUUGGACUCCCUUAAAAUAUCAACCAUCUGUUGUACUCAGCGUCACUAGUUUAGUCCAAGGAAAUUGUGAAUGUGUCAGUGAUGACUGUGCAAAUGGUUGAUAUUUUGUCCUAGAGAGACUAUACUGAUAUUCUCUAUAUUGUAAUCAUUUAUGCAAUCUCAUCCUUGAUGUAGCAGCACAGGUUUUAUAUAUUCACAAGAUUUAAGCCAUAACCAUUUUACUGAAUGUUUGAAAUGUCCCAAUUACCUGUAUUUUGGAGGAAAGGAGCACGAACCAGCUUGGUCAGUUUUUAGUUUUUUGUUUAUAUAUAUAUUAGCUCAUGUCCCUGUGGUUUCACUAGUUUCUAUUGAUUGGAUGUACUCUUUCCC